AAAAAAAAAAUAAAAAAAUUCAUAUUUACAGCUCGAGAAAAAUACCUGUACUGGAACGAGCACUCAAUCGUUGACUACUCCUCAUAUUUCUUCUAUUUACAAUUUUUGUUAGCAUCUCCAAAAUCUUACAGAUUUGUAGUAUGCGAAUUGCGACGAAUGAAAUUCUCCGUCUGCAAUAAGCAGUUAACCGCCGGCGGCGGCGAAUUUCUUUAGAUUUUCACUGUUUUGUCGUUUUUAAUCUCUUAUGCUUUGUGAUUGAUUGCCGGAAGUUUGAAAUUGUCCGAUUUACAGGUUGUAUUUUAACAUAUAGAAUUAGAUUUGAUUAGGUCUUUUCUGUUUUCGAUUAUUGGUUGUUCGUAUCGAACAUAGAGACAGAGAAUCUCUCUCUCUCUCUCUCUCUCUCUCUCUCUCUCUCUCUCUGGUGUAUAGAGAAGGAGAGAGUGAUGGGGGUUUCAGAUAAUACGAGAGGGUUAGUAUUGGCAAUGUUGUCUGGUUUGUUUGUUGGGACGAGCUUUAUUUUGAAGAAGAAAGGUCUUCGCCGUGCUGCUUCUGCUGGUUUACGUGCAGGUGUUGGAGGCUAUACUUACUUAUUAGAACCUCUAUGGUGGGCCGGCAUGAUUACCAUGAUUGUUGGAGAGAUUGCAAAUUUUGUUGCUUAUAUUUACGCCCCAGCUGUUCUUGUCACCCCUCUCGGUGCAUUGAGUAUUAUCGUUAGUGCUGUUUUGGCACACUUUAUGUUGAAGGAACGGUUGAGAUUAAUGGGCGUACUAGGAUGCGUGUCUUGCAUCGUAGGAUCUGUAGUAAUUGUUCUACACGCCCCCCAAGAACAAACUCCAAGUUCCGUACAAGAAGUCUGGGACUUAGCAUCACAACCAGCAUUUCUAGCAUACGUGGCAGCUACAUUAUCAAUAGUAGCAGCGCUCAUGCUUCAUUUCGAGCCUCUAUAUGGUCAGACAAACAUAUUGGUUUACCUAGGAAUUUGUUCCUUAAUGGGCGCCCUUACGGUUAUGAGCAUAAAGGCAAUUGGGAUCGCAAUAAAACUUACUUUGGAGGGGGUCAAUCAAUUUGGAUACGCCCAAACUUGGUUUUUCGUUUCGGUCACAGUUAUCUGUGUUAUCACACAGUUGAAUUAUCUGAACAAGGCACUGGACACUUUCAACGCAGCAAUUGUUUCUCCAAUAUAUUACGUGAUGUUCACAACUCUGACUAUAACUGCAAGCGCUAUAAUGUUCAAGGAUUGGUCGGGUCAGAAUGUGAGCAGCGUUAUAUCCGAACUAUGCGGAUUCAUUACAGUCCUCACAGGAACAAUCAUACUUCACAUGACUAGAGAAGAAGAGCCAUCACCCACAGCAGGAACAAUGACUUGGUACGGUGAAGAUGCAUCAAAAGGUUUAGAAGACGGUCAUUUCAUUACAUUAAAUAAUUCAGAUUACUUCCACAAACCAUUGCUUUCGUGGGACACCACUCUCGAAACAUAAUUCUCGGUAAUUCUUUCAUCGACCUUUUGCAACAAAGGUUGCAUCGACGGGGUUUUGCUUGUCGAUUUUACGAAUAGACUUUGUAAAUGGCUUGAUUUAAUUAAUUGUAUCAUAUUUGAUUGUCUUGUUUUGAGGUUUGAGCACCAAUUGUUGUUAGGAUUGUUUGAUUUUUUUUGUAUGUGCAGUAAAGGAUUUUUAAUUGAAAUAGAAUAUU